AUGUCUCGUCUUAUAGUAAAGGGUCUUCCUAAAUAUUACACCGAAGACAAAUUAAGGGAGUAUUUCUCCAAACAAGGGGAUGUGACCGAUGUCAAAUUAAUGAAAAAGAGAAAUGGGGAAUCAAGAAGAUUUGCAUUCAUUGGGUAUAAAUCAACUGAAGAUGCAGAACAAGCUGCCAGAUUUUUCAAUAGGUCGUUCAUAGACACUGCCAGAAUAGAUGUUGAAUUGGCCAAGACAUUCUCUGAUCCAAACGUCCCACUUUCGUUUAAGGAAAAGAGAAGACGUGAUGAGGAUAGAUUGAGAAUGGAAGAAGAAAGAUUAAUCGAACAGGAAAACAGAGCUCAAAUGAAAAGACAAAAAGUCAAGGGGGUUUCAGAAAUUGAUGAAGAAAUUUCAAAGAACCCUAAGUUAAGAGAAUAUAUGGAGGUCAUGAAACCUUCCCAUCAAGUCAAAUCAUGGGCCAAUGAUUCUAUUGCUGAUGGUUCUGGAGGACCAUCCGUGAAGGACUUGGAGGAUGCCUUGAAUGGAAAAAAUGAAACAAAAUCUACUGUUGAUGAACACGAAGUUCUUCAAGUAGAAGAUGCUGGUAGUGAUGACGAAUACACUGAUUUCAACACCAACAGGAAUAAUGAAGAAGAAGAAGAGGAGGAAGAGCAAAUGAUGAGUUUAGCCGACUUGAAUGACGAGCAAGGUAAAGAACAAACCCAAGAAGAAGAGAACUUGGCUGCAAAUGAAGAUGUGUCUGAUUUGGAUUGGUUGAAAUCACGUAGAAUACGUAUAAAAGAAAACGAACAAGAAGAUUCCAAUAACGAACAGCAAGAACAAACAGAAGAACCAUCUGAAGAACCAAAGAAACAACCAAGAAUGCAAGCCCCUGUGGUUCCACAAAAAUCUCCAGAAGAGCAAACAGUGGAGAAAUUGCAAGAAACAGGAAGAUUAUUUAUUAGAAAUAUCUUGUAUGACUCCACUGAAAACGAUUUCAGAAACUUAUUUGAGCCUUAUGGAACUCUUGAAGAAGUUCACAUUGCUAUAGAUACAAGAACUGGAAAAUCCAAAGGUUUUGUCUAUGUUCAAUUUGCCAAUCCUGAAGAUGCAGUAAGGGCAUAUAAAUCUUUGGAUAAACAGAUUUUCCAAGGGAGAUUGUUGCAUAUUUUGGCCGGUGACAAGAAGAAAGAUCAUAGACUAAGUGAAUUUGAUUUGAAGAACUUACCUUUGAAGAAACAACGUGAUUUGAAAAAGAAAGCACAAGCUGCUAAAACUCAAUUUAGUUGGAACUCGUUAUAUAUGAACAAUGAUGCCGUUUUGGAAUCUGUUGCUUCCAAAUUAGGUUUAACUAAAGCACAAUUAAUUGACCCUCAAAGUUCAAGUUCUGCAGUCAAACAAGCCUUAGCAGAAGCCCACGUUAUUGGAGAUGUAAGGAAAUAUUUCGAAGAUAGAGGAAUUGAUUUAACUACUUUUGACAGAAAGGAAAGAGAUGAUAAAAUCAUUCUUGUCAAAAACUUCCCAUUUGGUACCACUAUUGAAGAACUCGGUAACUUAUUUAGUGAAUACGGUCAGAUAAAGAGAAUGUUGAUGCCUCCAGCUGGGACCAUAGCAAUUGUUGAAUUCAGAGAUGCUCCAAGUGCAAGAGCAGCUUUUGCGAAAUUAGCUUACAGAAGAUUCAAAACCAGUAUCAUUUAUUUAGAAAAGGGACCAAAGGACUUAUUCCUUCGUGAACCUAAGCCAGAAGAGAAUAUCAGUGUUCCUGAGAUCGAACAAUCCACUGCUGUCGAAGCUAAGGUUACCGCCCAUGAAAUUUUGGGUGAAGAACCUGCCAACAAUGAGGAUGUUAUUGAGGGUCCAACCGUGGCUAUAUUCGUGAAGAACUUAAACUUCUCAACCACAGUAGAAGCCUUGUCUGCUUUGUUCAAACCAUUACCAGGAUUCGUUAUUGCUACAGUAAAAACCAAACCAGACCCGAAGAAACCUGGAAAUACAUUAAGUAUGGGGUUCGGUUUUGUUGAGUUUAAAACCAAGGAAUUUGCCAAUGCUGCUAUCUCCAACUUGGAUGGUCAUAUCUUGGACGGUCACAAAUUACAAUUGAAAUUGUCACACAAGCAAGGUGGAUCCAAUGCUGCUGCUGCUGCCAAGAAAUCCAACAAGUCUAGUAAGCUAAUCAUUAAGAACUUGCCAUUCGAAGCUACUAGAAAGGAUCUUUUGGAAUUGUUCGGAGCAUUUGGACAAUUGAAAUCUGUUAGGGUUCCAAAGAAAUUCGACCUGUCUGCUCGUGGUUUUGCCUUUGUUGAAUUCAAUUUGAUGAAGGAAGCAGAAAACGCCAUGAAUCAAUUAGAAGGGGUCCAUUUACUUGGAAGAAGAUUGGUUAUGCAAUACGCCGAACAAGAUGCCGAGGAUGCCGAAGCGGAAAUAGAGAAGAUGACCAAGAAGGUCAAGAGACAAGUUGCCACACAAAACUUAGCUGCUGCUAGAUUGGCCGGUAAGGGUAAGAUUGAGUUAGAAGAGAAACCAGACGAGUUUGAAAGUUUUUAA